UGUGUAAAAAAUUGUUAAAAAAAAAUCUUAAAAUAUCAUAGUGGAAAAAUAAAUGAAUAAAAAAGAAAAAAUAGACAGAAAGUCGUUAUAUAGUGGGCAAGGAAACAUCACCUGUACAAGCGCAUGCACACUCAUUUUCAGAAUCUCUUUGAAUUUCUUCACGACAAUGGCCAUGAAUUCGAGCAAGUCCAACGACUUUAGCACCAUCCUCUUCCCUCUCUCGGCUUCAAACGCAGUCCAAAAAAGCGAAGCUUUAACGGUGAAAGGAAUGAGCCAACUUGGGCUGAGCCAAAGAGUAAAGAGUCUCAGAAAAAUGUCAUUGGCCACGAAAAGAAGAGCAGUGAUGUUUCAUGGCAAGGGCAAAGAGGUUCUGAGGGCUCAGUUUUCGGAUCUGUCACCAACUUCAGUAGGUGUUGAUGGUGGCGACACGGAGAGCAUCUUAAGAGCGAGUCAGAUAGUGAGAGAAAAACUGGAAAAAGCAGUUUGCAACACUCGCACUAAUAAGAAAGCCAAGGAAAUGCUGCAAGCAAAACUUCUAUUAGCAUUCGCUUCUGAAAGUGAUGUUGCUGUUGGUGAAACUUCCUCAACACCCCAAAGGGGAAGUUUUUUGAACCAUUUUGCUUAUCCCUUUCCCAACCGUUUUUGGCAGGCAGACACGGAGGUUGAUAAAAGCAUCAGCCUUUGUGCAACUCCAUUGAGGGUUUGUUUUCCCGACGAAAGCGUUUAUGGUAGCAGGGACAAUGAGAGCGAAUACGACGGUCGGAUGCACAGCAAUCCGUACAAGAAGAACGGGCCGUACACGUGUCCGAAGUGCGGGUGCGUGUUUGAGACGUCGCAGCGGUUUGCGGCGCACGUGAGUUCUAUGCACUAUAGGUACGAGACGAAGAGUGAGAGGAAGAAGAGAAUGAUGGCGAAAAUCCGAAGGAGGAGUCUGCGUCUUGAAUGGGAAAACGGUGACGAUGGUCAGAGAAGAAAUAGCAGUGUGUUUGGUUUUGCAGGAAACAAUAGCAACGUUGCUCCUGCUCAAGUGAAGAUUGAAACUGAGAGUGUUGUGAGGCUUCAGCUUGCUCCUCCUCCUGGCUGGCCAAAAAUAACUGAAGCUGUCAGAAUAAAAUCGGAGCCAUUAUACAAUUGAAUCAAAUGCUUUGUUUUAUUGUUAUUAACAGGAUCAUCAGAACCACUUUGCACUACUUCUUAUCACUCUUCGCCAUUUCUUUGCGUUUUCUGUUUCAAUAAAUACCGGAUUCUCACAUUCUUGUUUGAUGAUGGUUCAUCAACUCAGAUCCAUUUCUAAUUCUUCUCCAAACUUUGUCUAAAUCAAUGAAAACUUGUCUUUUUCUGAUACUUAUCUUAAUGAAAAACAUUUUAAAUUAUGUAAUUUAUUAUAUAAAUUUGUAAUCAGAAUUAUAUCUUGGAAUAUAAAUUGUU